AUGUCUACCACCCAGACGACGCUUCACACUCCAGCUGUCGAUUGGCCAAGCGUUGGGCUUAGAGUCAACGACGGCCCCCUCCAGCCCUCGGAGGUCCUUCCUCUUCGACCUUCCUUUCCCAACGAACCCUUGGACGUUCUCCGGGAACGUUAUAACAAGGACGGCUACCUCCUCUUGAAGAACCUGCUCCCACGCGAUGACGUACUCCGGUGCCGCGAGGAAUACUUCAAACUGCUGUCGCCGACCGGCGUUCUCAAGCCGGGCACCGCUCCUGUCGAUGGCAUCUUCGACCCCUCCAAAGACAAGAACAUGUAUUUUGGUAUCGGCACAGCGGCCGUUCCCCGUAAGCCGGCGGACAACACUGCUGAAACUUUCACCGACCUGGCCAUCAAGGCGCACACGGAGCCGUGGUACACUGAAGGCCUCUGCAACCAUGCUGUCUUGAUGGAAUUCAUCAAGAAGUUCAGCGGGUGGGGUGACGAUACCCUUGCGCUUCGGAGGACUCUUUUGCGGAACAAUACUCCUGGCAACAAGGCGAUCGGUGUGCACUACGAUCAGAUCUUCCUGCGCCAUGGAGAGCCGACCGCCAUCACUGUUUGGGUUCCCAUCGGCGACAUCAGUCUCGAGGGCGGAGGGCUGAUCUACUUGGAAGAUGGAGACAGUGUCGGUGAAGACGUCGAAAACGAGUUCUCCAAGAGGGCAAAGCAGGCCGGGCUGACAGAAGAGGAGGCAAAGGACGCCUUCAACCGAAACAUGAUGACGUCCGGUUUUCUCGCAGACGGCCCUCUCGGGUUCGGACGUGAAGUCAAGAAACGCUGGUUUGUAUCCGCAUAUGAGGCUGGAGAUGUUACGCUGCACAAACCCCAUAUGAUCCACGCUUCAACCGUCAAUGAGGAUCCGCUGAAUCGGAUUCGCCUUGCAACAGACCUUCGAUUCGUAAACUCUGCCCGGCCCCAUGACAAGAGGUGGAUGGAACAUUUCUCACCCGACGAUGGGCUCUAA